AUGGCAGAGCACACGCUUAAUGCAGAGGACAUGGCUCUAAAUAAACUGGGCGACAUAGGCUAUGCUAUAACAAAGAUGACCUGUACAGUGAUGAAAACUGAGAACGUCCAGGCCCGGCCUAGAAAAGCACUCCGACCUAUUGACAUGAAUCACUACGAGACUAAGAAGAGUGUGGCUCAGAGCAUGUUGGACGUGGCCUUGCUCAUGGCCAACUCGUCUCAGCUGAAGUCCGUCCUUUAUGUGGGUCCGCAGUAUCGUUUCUAUGUCCCCCUCAUCGUGCUGCUGUUCCUGUCCAUCACGUUACAGGUCAUAGUGGGGCUGCUGCUCGUCUUCAUUGUGAAGUACGAUCUCAACGAUGUGAGGAAACACGCCAAACUGAACAGAAUGAAAAAUGUAGCAACAGUCUUUGUCUUCUUCACGGUUCUCAUCAACAUCUUCAUCACAGCGCUGGGAUUUCAGGGCCAUACUAUCAGCCUCACCUGUUCCAUCCGUACCAGAGCGUCCCCUCUGCCCAUUGACCUGAACAGGACUGGUGGCAUUUAG